AUGCCCAGUGACAGGGCAAGGGGCAGUGGGUGCAAACUGGAGCACCUUCCUGCUGCCCAGAUCGGGGCGGACGGGCAGUUCAGCCCGGGAAGAGCCUCCCGGCAUCUCCCCAGGGGGGAGCGUCUUCCCUCGCUGAAGAAGCUGGACCAGGCCGUGUCCGCAGCUCACACCUUCUUCGUCGCCAACCCGCAGCACCUGCAGAUGCGGGAGGACAUGGAGAAGUACCGGCGGAUGUCGGGGGUCCGGUCCCACAGCUUCCGCGACCUGGAGGCCGCGCCGCACUGGGAAGCCUACGAGGCUGGGCUGCAGCUCUACAAUGCAGAUGAAUAUGUGCAGGCUGUGGCCAGGCUGGAAGAGUCGCUCUCAGAAGCGCUGUCAGCUCUGGAGGACUGUCGUGCCCUGUGUGAAGGGCCUCGGGAGGAUGAGGAUGAAGAUGAGGAUGAGGAGGAGAUGCAGCUUGGCCUGUAUGAAGCCAUUGCAGCCCAUUAUAUUCAGGUGUUGAAGUGCAGACAGCAGUGUGUCCUUGAGAUUGCCACAAAGCCAGGGCGCCUUUCUGCCACGGAAGAUUUCAUCCCCUCUCAUCUUGAUUUACUGCAGUUUGCCUAUGAUCAAGUUGGGAACCAGAUGCUAGCUGCUGAAUGUGCUGCUUCCUACUUGCUCUUCUAUCCCACCGAUGAGCCUGUGUUGGAGAAAAUGAAACAGUAUCGCACAGAACUGGGGGAGGACACGCCUGUCACCGCCAGAGAGAGUAUUCAGCAGUAUGUUCAGAGAUCUUUGAUGGAGAAGAAGUUGAUUUAUUAUGCCGUGGAGCAUCUAGGAGGAACUUUCAAUGACCCUGAUCUUUGGACUCCAGAUGAGCUGAUUCCUGAAAGCCUAAAGGAGAAACACAGAGAGGAUCAGGAGAAGCAAAAGCAGGAAAAUCUGGACACGGAAGAGAGGGAGAAAAGGGGUCCUUUGCCUUUUGAGGGUAUUGCUGUCACUAUGGAUUCCCACCAGAUGAAUGGAACCCAGAGGGUUGUGUUCGACAGAGUGCUGACAGAAUCUGAGUGUAGGGACCUUCUCAGGCUGACAAAGGCAGCAGGAGAAGCUGGAGAUGGCUACCGAGCAAGACGGUCGCCUCACACCCCUCAUGAGAGGUUUGAAGGGUUAACUGUUCUGAAGGCCAUGCAGCUGGCCCAGAAUGGGGACGUGGACUGGAGAGAUGCCAAAUUACUUCUGCAGGCCAGUGAAAAAUCACGGAAAAUCAUCGAGUCCUAUUUUACUCCUGGAAAGAAGCUCCAUUUCUCAUUCACACACCUUGUGUGCCGCACAGCUGUAGACGAGAAACAGGAAGGUCGCAUGGAUCUUAGUCAUCCUGUUCAUGCUGAUAAUUGUCUCUUGGAUCCUGAGGGGCAAGAGUGCUGGAGAGAACCACCUGCCUAUGUCUACAGGGACUACAGUGGCAUUCUCUACCUCAAUGAUGACUUCCAGGGUGGAGGCCUUUUCUUUACUGAAAUGGACACUGUGACUGUCACAGCUGAGGUGCAUCCAAAGUGUGGGAGGCUGGUGGCCUUCAGCUCUGGCAAGGAGAACCCCCACGGUGUGUGGGCCGUGAGCCGCGGGAGACGCUGCGCUGUCGCCCUCUGGUACACACACUCCCCGGAGCACGCUGAGCAGGACCGUGUGAAGGCAGAGGAGCUGAUGGAGCAGGGGGCUGUGGAGCAGGACCAGACUGAUGGAGAAGAACGUCAGAGGGCUGGUGGCCGUGGCAGAACCUCCUCAGAGCCUCCUGCUCCCAACAGCAGAGCCAGGCCCAUGAGCCAGAGACACAAGCCUGGCUCAAAUGGGACACAGCACUCCAAGGAGCUGCGGGCCAGAGAUGAGCUCUGA